AUGGCAGAUGAAUUUUUAUAUCUUUGCGGUCCUGAAUCGGCAGCUUUAGCUUCUUCUACGGAUUCUUGUAGUGAUCUUACACAGUACUUCGUGACAGAUAUGAUUUUUGAAUCACGAGAUAAGGUUCGAGAAUGGUUACAUGCUAUUGGAAGAACUCAUGGUGUUGUUGUUGUUAUAAUCCGACCCGAUUAUGCUAAUGAAAUGCGAGGGAGGAAGGAUAAAUUGAUUAUGGACUGUGACCGAGGAGGAGAUUACAAAAAGAAAAAUGUAGCUGCGGCCCCUUCUGAUGGCAAUUAUACUAUAAGGCUUAACUGUCUAUUUAGGCUGAGAUCUGCUCUGAGUGGUAUUGGUUGGAAGGUGGUGGUUAGAUGUAGGAUGCAUAAUCAUAGACUAGAUAAGGAUAUGUUAGGUCAUGCCAUGUUGGGGCGUCUAAAGGAUGAUGAAAGAAAGGUUGUGAAUGACAUGACGAAGUACAAUAUGGCACCAAGGUACAUCGCGUCUGCUUUGAAAGACAAAGAUCCAGAAAAUCUCACGAGUAUUACCCAGAUUUACAAAGCUAGAGCAACAUACAGACUGUGCAAGAGAGGUGCACUAACAGAAAUGGAAAUGUUACUGAGCCUUAUUCAUCAAGAUAAAUACAUGUGUUGGUCUAGAAAUAAGGAGGAUUCAGAUAUUGUGGCUGAUAUCUUCUGGUGUUGA